AUGUCCAACCCGCCUUUUACGGUUCGAGCGGUCUUCGAGUAUGCUUCGGGCCACGAUGACGACCUUAGCUUCCCAAUCGGUCAGAUCGUAACCGUCACCUCCGAGGAGGAUGCCGAGUGGUACAAUGGCGAAUACACAGACAGCUCGGGAGCCAAGCAAGAGGGUAUCUUCCCCAAGAACUUCGUCGAGCGAUAUGAACCUCCGGCACCCCCGCGACCAGCCCGUCCUACCAGACCAAAGAAGGAGCCUGAACCUGCGCCGGUGGAAGCUCCCGUGGCUGUGCCUGAGAGCCCAGUCCAGCCAGAACCCGAGCCCAAGUCUUGCCUCCAAACCCCCCCCACUCCGGUCGUGGAGGUUCCAUCCUCACCCCCUCAGCCUACACCGGCCCCCGCUCCCGUUGCCCCCGUUGCUGCUGCUGCUGCCCCCGCCCCGCCUCCAGCGAAGGCAUCUACAAAGCCCCCACCACCGGCCGUGGGAGAGAAGCCUGCAGGGAACUCAUUUAAAGAUCGAAUUGCUGCAUUCAAUAGAUCCGCUGCCGCACCAAUUGCUCCUAUCAAGCCUGGUGGUCAGCAGCCGUCCUCCUUUGUCAAGAAGCAGUUCGUUGCUCCGCCCCCAAGCAAGGACUCCUUCGUGGCUCCACCGCGAGAACCUGCUGCAAAAAUUUACAAGAGAGAGGAGGACCCGGAGGUUAAGGAACAGCUUGCUCGGGAACCGCCUGUUUCUGAAAGCCGGCCACCACCACCACCACCCCCGCCGGCAGCGGCGGCACAGGAUGCCGAGGAAGGCGCAGAGGACCAGCCAAAGCCCACCAGCCUGAAGGACCGGAUAGCUCUUCUUCAAAAGCAGCAGCUUGAACAAGCUCAGCGCCAUGCCGAGGCUGCUCAAAAGAAAGAGAAGCCGAAGCCUCCGAAGAAGACUGUCGAGCAGCCUAUUGAGCAGCCAGUGGAAACUGCCGCACUGGCAGCCGAAGACGAUGAGGACGAAGAACAGGUGGCUUCUCCUAUUGAAGCUCCGACAGCUCCACGAGACCCCAGUGUUGAUACUUUGAGAACCAAAGCUCCUCCCACCAUGCCCCCUCCGUUCUCACCUCAUGAAGAGAUCGCCAGCGAAUCGAAUGAUGCCGACUACUCUGCCGCAGCAGACUCCGAGGAUGCUGGAGAGACCUCUACCAGCAGAGAAGAUGAUGAGGAGCGCCCACGUCAAGCUCCAGUUCCGCCCGCCCACACUACUGAGCAGAAGGAUGUGUCAGAGGAUGCUGACGAAGAAGAGGAGGGGGAAGAGGAAGAAAUGGACCCCGAAACCAAACGCAGAAUGGAGCUUCGUAAUCGAAUGGCCAAGAUGAGUGGUGGUAUGGGUAUGAUGGGCCUUUUCGGUCCCCCAGGUGGCAUGCCCGGCAUGGGUGCUCCUGCCCCUCGCAAGCCCAAGACUCCUGGCGAGUCAGAGAAGAGGCUUGCUGAGCCUGAACCGACGUCCCCUGGCCAUGCUCCUCCAGUUCCAAUGAUUCCGCUUCCUGGAAUGAACAUCGGUACUAGACCAGGCCCGCCUGCUGGUGUUGAGAAGGAAGAAGAGGAAAAUUUGGCGACUCCUAUCAAAGAGCAACAUACCCCGCAAGAGGUGCCAGACGUCGAAGAUGUUGUCCAUGAAGGUGCUCCCCCGCGUUCCUCUACGGAACGUCCUCCUGUCCCUAACCGUGAACGAGCUGCUCCUCCUCCACCUUUGGAGUCUCGACCCAUUCCACCACCUGUGCCUACGGAGCAGAUGGCCUCCCCGCCCCCAGUGCCCGGAGCCCGAACUCUCCCUUCUUCGUUCAGACCACCUGGCAUUGAUGCCGGUAAUGAAUCCGACGAUGAGUUAUCUAUUCAUGCAAACAACCUGUCCUUGGAAUCUGUCGCAGGCGUUCCCCCGCCUGUACCUGCUCCUGCAAUCUCUGAAAACACUGGUUCUCGUCGCUCCUCAACCUAUGACAUACCACCUCCCUUGCCCCAGACGUCAACUGCCGAAAAGAGAGCUAGUCGGCCCCCUCCUCCCGUUCCAUCAAACCCACCCAUGCCACCAGCGCAAAGCCGUGCCCCACCUCCACCUCCUCCAAGCCAGCCACGUCGACGAUCCACUGCGGAUAGUCGCGGCAGUGCCAUUUCCGCCCCCCGCCAAGCUGGAGAAGAUGUUGAAGGAGAAGUGACGGAAUACGAUGGCGACUACGAUACUGACAUUGCGUCCGGUGUCAAGCACAAGGAUGCACUGAGAGCCCAUGAGCGUGACUCUAGCUUUGACGAGGGCAUGAUGACUGAUGAGUAUUCUCUUCAAUCCCCUCGCAGCCCUCCGGAGUCUCGUCCUCCUCCACCCCUUCCUCCAACCGCCGCUCCAAGAGGAGUCCCGCCUCUGCCCCCAAGCCAGCCUCCUCGCAAUGCUAGAGCCUCUAUGGAUACACCUCGAGGACCACCUCCGCCCCCACCUGGCAGAGAGCCACCAUACGGUGGGGACGACGAAUAUGACCCUUUCAACUAUGUUGAACCUCGGCAUGGUUUGCCUACACCCCCGGUUCCUCCCAGUGGUCGCCCAGAGGUACCGCCUCCUCUUCCUCCGCAACAGCCAGUGAGAGAGAGCUUUGAUGAUUUGUAUGAUACAUCUCCUGUACAAAGCCCUACAAAUGAGGCGCCACCUGUACCAAUGUCUCAAAAGCGUGCAUCUCUAGCCCCACUGCCUCCCCCAUCCCAGGUCCCAGCUAUGCCGUCCCCUUCUGCAACGCGCAGCACGCGCCCUUCUAUGGACAUGGCAAGAGGCCCGUCCAAUAUCCGGCGUUCCAUGGAUGUUUCCCGCCCUUCCACUGACCAGGGCUUCAUUGCCACUGACAUUGAUUAUGCGGAAAACACCCUCUGGUGGACACAGCCGAACACCCCGCCGCCAUCUAUCCAAAAUCGAAAGGAUAUACUCUUUGAGGUUGAAGAGUCCUCCUCCUCAAAGCGCGGUGGUAAGACCACUGUCUCCAAGGACAUUUAUAUCCUCUUCAUGGACUACUCCCAGACCGUUAUAGCAGCUCAGUUUGAUCCCAGGAACCCUGCAGAUGUCUCCCUGGAGCAACGCCAUGAGCCGCCCCCGCUUCAGCCCCGUCAGGACCAGUUGGAACAGGCACACAACCAGAUUGGUAUCAGGAUCUCCGAGUCCAUUAACUCCUAUCAAAAUUCUACUGUAGGAGAUGGUACUCCUUUCGGUCUGGUUCAGCAUCUCCUGAACCCUCUGGCCGAUGCAUUGCUACCCGUUGGCACCCGGGCGUACGGUGCUUUGGUUUAUUCAAACUUGGCAAAUGCGUCGGUCUCACAGAAUGACGAGAUCCGCGCUGGUGAUAUUGUGAGCUUCCGCAAUGCUCGAUUCCAAGGCCAUCGUGGCACUAUGCACCAGAAAUACAACUCUGAAGUUGGAAAGCCUGACCACGUUGGCAUCGUUGUGGAUUGGGAUGGUACCAAGAAGAAGAUCCGGGCCUGGGAGCAAGGGCGCGAGAGCAAAAAGGUGAAGAUGGAGAGCUUCAAGCUCAAUGACAUGCGCAGUGGUGAGUGCAAGGUCUGGCGAGUUAUGCCACGCAGCUGGGUUGGCUGGGAAAACAACAAAUGA